AUCCGCCGGUUUGCAGAGCCUUCGCAUCCGUUUGACUCGUUUUUGCCAUUUUAUGCCAUUUGUGAGCAAAACCUUUGUCUCCCAUAUCUUGACAUCCAUUUCAACACUUCUUGUGACCGAUUAUCACAACUCCUUUGCAAUCCAUUGCUAUUGACAUCACUGGACAUCAACAAUGACCGGAACUCCCGUCAAGACUGAGAGUGACCAAAACAAUGGACACGAAGAGAAUGAGGACAACCAAUACGAAGAGGAAAACGAUAUUAAUAUGAAUGACAAUCAGAACAACGAAACGAAUGAAGAGAACGGCAACGGAGACAAUAAGGCGGACGGCGAUAACGCCAACGCCGGCGCUGAAGACGAUAACGAAGAGCCCGAACAGUUCCGCAAACUAUUCAUCGGCGGACUCGACUACAAGACCACCGAAGACACGCUGCGCUCCCAUUUUGAUCAAUGGGGAGAAAUUGUGGACUGCGUUGUGAUGAGAGACCCACAAAGUAAGAGAUCCCGAGGUUUUGGAUUCAUUACGUACAGUAAGGCAUCGAUGGUCGACGCGGCGCAGGCCUCCCGACCCCAUAAAGUGGACGGACGCGAAGUGGAACCCAAGCGCGCCGUUCCCCGAGAGGAUUCGGGUAAACCUGAAGCUCAGGCGACGGUUAAGAAAGUGUUUUUGGGAGGACUUAAGGAAGACAUUGAGGAAAACGAUUUGAAGGAUUACUUCAUUGAGUUUGGAAAUGUAGUGAACGUUAAUAUUGUGACCGAAAAGGAAACGGGAAAGAAGAGGGGCUUUGCUUUCGUCGAGUUUGACGAUUACGAUCCCGUCGACAAAAUCGUCCUUAAGAGACAUCACGUGAUUAAAGGCAAGCGAACUGAAGUGAAGAAAGCGCUGUCGAAGCAGGAGAUGGACACAAUGAAGAGGAAGACUGAGGCCCGCGGAUCGAACCCUCGAGGUGGUCAGGGUGGCCGAAACGCUCCCGUCUGGGAGUCAGGUCCCGGUAAUUACGGCGGCGGUUACGGUGGCGGCGGAUACGGCGGUCAGGGAGGAUACGGCGGCGGAUAUGGCGGCGGUUACGGACAAAGCAAUUACGGCAAUCAGGGCGGAGGUUGGAAUCAAGGCGGUGGUGGUUAUGGCAUGAGUGGGUGU